AUGUACUAUGAGAAAUUGCACCCUGCUUUGAAAAAGCGACCCAACUUCUUUGGUGACAUGGUUGAUAAAAUCAACACUGGACUUACCGAACAAGGUCAGCGGAACUUCACGUGUGACCACUGCAACGAAUCAUUUUCAGUUCCAAGUACUCUGCGAAAACACAUCCGUGUUGUUCAUUUAAAACGGCGGGCUCGCAAAUGUGAAUACUGUGGAAAAAAGUUUUUUCAAAAAGGUCACCUCAAAACUCACGUUAUCUCUGUUCACUUGAGUCCCUUUUGCUCCCCUCACUGACUCCGCUUACCGAGGGCAUUAUGAUUGUUUAGCAGCGAACCCUUAGCUCAAAUGCUGUAGUUUCCCUGUUUUUUUUGGAGUAAUCGCCGUGUGUUCGCUUUGCGACAUACAAUCUACCUGGGACCUUCGUCUACUCUGAACUAGAACUCAGCAUGUGUAAACACUUGGAUCGUAUCCGAUGUGGAGAGCUUUUUCCUAUAGACAAAAAGUGCGGACACACACUGGUCACAACAUACAUUGAAACCAUAAUUUGUUUACGACUUGUCUGCAGCGGAUUGUGCGUUUAGAAACUUCGAUUGUGGUGCGUACUACUGAGCACAUCUUGCGUAUUUGCUUAGCAUAUAGUCCUUUCACUUCGAUAUUUAAGAAUGGAACCUAAUACAGUAAAACCUCCAAAGUUCGCCACCUCUGUAUGUUGACUAUCUCUCCAUGUUGACCACUUUUUCAUAUCUUGAACGGUCACUAUGUAAACCUUUUGGAAAUAAACCUCUUGAUCACUUCCGUGAGUUGUAUAUUGACCACUUCGGCUAUGACAGUCAGUACUACUUCAACCUCAAUAAGCUGACCAUUUGAAUCCUUACCAUUCAAUGGUUC